UUCCGGCUUCCUCCAGCCCCGCGCACUCAGGUUCCGCCUAAGCGCGGGUCCGGUCCAGGGUGUGUCCCGGCACUCGCCCCGAGGCGGCCGUCAGCAGGAAUCCCAGCCUAUGAAUUGGACAUGAUCACCCAGUUAGAAGAAGAACAUCUGUAGACACUGGAUCAUCAGGGAGCUGAAGAGGGGAGUGACCAAAAAUAUCUGUCUAGAUAGGGAGAUUUGAAUUGAACCAAAGCAUCAACACCAAUCAGGCUAUUUCUGAAGAACUAGAAUAUUCAGGGUCAGCAAUGGAAAGUCUCCAAAGGAAUACUGCCCAACAUCCUAUGAAUGAAGAAGCUUGUAAAAGUGAGGGCCAGUUAUCAAGGCAGACAAAAUGUUCUAUACAGAAGAAAUCUUCUUUUGAAAAAACAGCACUCAGAAAAAUGUCAAUGACCCUCAAGGAAAUUUUCACUAGGGAGAGAGGCCCUGAAUCCAGUGAAUUUAGUCUAAGCUCAAAACUUAAUACACAGCAGAAAAUUCCAAAGGGAACUAGGUCCCCCAUAUCUAGGAAAAACUCCAAAGAUAAUUCAGACUUAAUUAAACACCAAAAACUCUUUAUGCAAAGGAAACCUUGUAAAUGCAGUGAGUGUGGUAAAGCCUUUAGUUACCAAUCAGACCUUAUUGUCCACAGUAGAAUUCAUGGUGGAGAAAAGCCUUUUGAAUGCAAUGAAUGUGGGAAAACUUUUAGCCGAAGUACACACCUUAUUGAACAUCAAAGAACUCACACCGGAGAGAAACCUUAUGAAUGUAGUGAAUGUGGAAAAGCUUUUAGCCGGAGUACACACCUUAGUCUACAUCAGAGGAUUCAUACUGGAGAAAAACCAUAUGAAUGUAGUCAAUGUGGAAAAGCCUUUAGCCGAAGCACUAACCUUAGUCAACAUCAGCGAACUCAUACCCAAGAAAAACCUUAUAAAUGUAAUGAAUGUGGGAAAGCCUUCAGUGACCGUUCAACCAUAAUUCAGCAUCAACGAAUACACACUGGAGAGAAUCCCUAUGAAUGCAGUGAAUGUGGAAAAGCUUUCAGUUGGAUCUCAUCCCUUAUUGAACAUCAGAGAACACACACUGGGGAGAACCCCUACGAGUGCAGUGACUGUGGGAAAGUGUUCAGUCGGAGCUCAUCCCUUGUUGAACAUCAGAGAAUACACACUGGAGAAAAGCCUCAUGAGUGUACAGUCUGUGGAAAGGGCUUCAGUCGGAGCUCCUCCCUUAUUAUUCACCAGAGAACUCAUACCGGAGAGAAGCCUUACAAGUGUAAUAACUGUGGAAAAGCCUUUAGUCAGAGUUCAUCUCUCAUCAGACAUCAGCAACUUCACACUAAAGAGUAAUAUCUGUGUUUUCAUUAAUGUUAGCACAAGACCACACAGCAUAACCUCCCACAGCUAAAAAGAAACAUACAUACUUGUUUGAAUUUUCCUUUCUACUAGCUAGCUAUAAGCUAGUUUCAAGCUAGCCUUCCUUCCUUUUUGUAAACUAAAUGCUCAAAUGAAUGAUCAAUCCAACAAGGUGAUGACUUUUAAAACCUAGCAUAUUCAAUCUAAUAUUAUGGAGGACUCCAAUCUUAGAAUAUAGAGCUACCCAGCACCUUGCAGUUCCCCACCUUAUCUAUUCCAUGGAGCUUAGGUCCCUGAACAACCCAAUGAACCCUCUCUUUCCCAACCACAUCAACUCCAUAAAAGAGGAAAUCCUGUGUGUGUGUGUGUGUGUGUGUGUGUGUGUGUGUAUUUUCACGCUUGCUGGCUCCAGGAGCAAAAGAGAAGGAGCUGGCUUCAGAAUAGGACAAAAAACUUUCCACCAGCUUGGGGAUAAUAAAUUCAGUCUCUAGAAUUAUAUGGACAAAUUUUUCUCUUCCUUCCUCACCUUUUUUUCUAUAGCAUAGUUUUCUCAACAUAUAGCCCAUAGUUCUACUAAUGUGCCUAACUAAUCCCAGCAUUAUUUUAUCUUGUCUUUACCAAAAAGUCCUAAAAAUCUUAGUUCCUCCAUUAUCUUUUUAAAAACUGCUGCCCUAUUUUUAAAACUUUUGUUUACAGACUUCAUGAAAUGUAUACCAUGUGGUUCUGACUCUCACCAACCUUGUAAAGUUCACUGUAAAGGACAAAUUCAGUGCCUAUUUCUCAGUCCUUUUCUUGCUUGACAUUUGCAGAAUUGGCACUUUGGCCACUCCUAUGGCUUAAAAUGUAAGCUUCUGGGAUCCAUAAUUCUGUGCUGAUCUGCACUUUUCCUACCUCCCAGCACUUCUCUGAUUAACAAUGAUCAGCUCUGUGACUUUGGGCAAGAGUUGGACUAAAAUAAUUUCAUUUUAUUGCUUAUAAUACUUAAUGUUAUUCAAUUAGAUUGUAAGCUUCUUGAAAACAGGAAUCUUGUUUUAGAUCCCUAUAAAACAUCACAAAGUGCUGAGUAGUCACUAAAUGCCCCAUAAUUACUGCUUACUGAUUCCUCUUUAUCCUAGGUAAUCAGUCUGCUAGGGUUUAUUUGAAAUGUCUUAAUAGUUGAUUUCCUUCUCUAUUCCUACUGCUACUGCCAAGUCCUCAGUAGUUUGGGCCUAGAUUACCAGAGUAAACACAUUGUUGCUGCUCUUGUCUUCCUGUCUUUAUCUAGUUGCCUGACUAAACUACCACUUUGUUCAAAAAGAAUCCACAGUUUCCCAUUGUCCCCAGGAAAAAGUUCAAAGACUUUCCACAGUUGGAUCUACUUAUUUUCCAUUACUCCCCAGUACAACUGGGCAGCCCUGUCCUUUGUCUCUACAACACCCUUUCUCUUCACACUUGGCUUCCUUUCAAACUUUUCCGUGGCACCCUUUUACAUGCCCUACUUUCUUCCCUGUAUCUCCAGAAAUCUAUACAUACUUUCUAAAAGGCUCUGUUCAGGUCCUGCCUCCUCUGUGAUAACUUCAGUUCCCCCCCCCCCACCCCCGCCCUUCUUAGUAGUCCUUUACAGUGAUGGUUUGCAUUAUUCUCCUGUAUUACAUACUUGCUUAUUCUGUUCUCUGGUUCUAUCAGGUGCUUUUUUCCAUGAACUUUUUUGAAGUUAGAAAUUGUCUUAAAUCUCUUAGAAGCCCCAUAUAAUACAUAGUACAAUACAGGCUUGGAUUCUAGUUUAAAUCUAAAUUACGAGGGUUUAAUUUAAGAGUGCAGUUGCUUUACUUUUUUGAAUGGUGAGAUUACCUCAUAAAUAUUUUGGUCCUUUUUGUCCUACCUUGAAUUAUAUACAUAAGCCCUGGGACUGACUCUUCUUCAGAGCUCCUGGGAUGCUGACCUCUUGGCUUUCCACUUCAUGAGACUGUUCUAAGGAGUAGGUAGGUUUAUCCAUAUAAAGUGAUGAAAACAGUGCCUGACAUAUAGUAAGUGCUCAAUAAAUGCUAAUUGUUAUGAUUCUGUUCCUUCAUAUCUUCCUGUAGUCUUUAAUUUCAUCCCUAAAGGGUUUGUAACGCCACAGAAAUGGAAAACUAGGAUCACAAUCAAAUAAGAUGUUUCUUCUAACUGCCAUCAUAGACAAUAGUCAUCUAUUUUAUUAUAACUCUAUUGUUUGUCAAAAAUGACUCAAGGCAGCUUACAAGAUGUGAUAAAAUAUAAAACAAAAAAAUACAGAUCAGCACUAGAGAAAGGAGAAAAUGCCUAGAAGAUUAAGAUCAUGACAAAUUAUGGUAUGCCAUAUAGUUAUUUAAGUAGAGAUGCAAAGUGAGUGUUCUGGCAAUCCAAGUAAGAUGGUCAUUUGCUUACAUUGUAUUUGGAAGAGGAGAAAAUGUCCAUUCUUCAAGGAAAGCCUAAUAGUUAGAUUUAAGACGAAUUUCUCCAUUGGCGUUCAUGUAAUUAUACAAUGUGCUUGAUAACAAAAAAUUAAAUUAUGUGUUCUCUACAACAUAUAGUAUGUUUUCCAGUGAAUACAUAUUUAGUUCAUAGUAGAAGUCUCAGAAAGGCAAAUAUGAAGAUUCUUCUUGAGAUGGAGUGGGGUUAGAAGGAGCAGAGGGUAGAGAUAAUCAAGUAAUUACUGGGUGCCAGAAGAAAAGCUCUUUUCACACAUUUGAGUCAUUUAAUUUACCACAUUAUGGGAUGAAGAAACUGGAAUUUACAGACGUUAAAUAGCUUACCCAAGGAUCAAGAUUUGACCCCACAACUGGACCUCUUAAGCUGGGCCCUGGCAAGAUCUGGAAAAGAAAGAACUGUAAGUAAAGGCACAGAGGUGGGAAAAUGCUCUGUUUGUUCCAGUAGAUGAACUGGACUGCCUGUGGCAGGGAGUUCAGUGAAAUAAAAAUGAGAAAGUUUAUUUGGAAUUGGAUAACUAGACAGUGACUGCCCUGAGUACUAGCUUGUGUGUAGAUUUAAUCAUUUAGGCAAUGAGGGAAUUACAGGAGGUUUUUGAUCAUGGUAAUAAAAAUUUGGUUUCAGGGAGAAGAUCAGUUAGGUACAGGAGACAGGUGAUUUGGAAAUGAGACGGCAUGCAGAAACUGGGUGAGAAGCCAAAGUAUUAGAAUAGUGGUAUUGGGGAACAGAGCAGUGGUGAGAUGAAGAGAGAGUAAAGGAAGGAUCCUAUGAAACUGGUGACUAGAUAUGGGCAAGGAAGGAUCCUAUGAAACUGGUGACAAAUACGGGCAAGGAAGAAGAGGGACCAGCAAUUCCUUAAUUGCUGUUGUUAACUUUCAUGUAAGCUACCUAGGGCAUGAAGGGAGGAAUUUCUGAUACACAUUAAGCAGUUAGCCAUGAACACAAAACAUUAAAAAAGUUGAAUGCCUGAUGUAAUUAACUUGCAUCUUUAAAGUCGAUGUGGAACCAAAAACUUUUGAGAUUUCUGGUGGGAAAGUCGGGUGAGAAGGUAAGAGUGACCUGGAGUGGGGAGCCUUAUUCUAAGGAGAAACGGAGCUGUGACUCGGCUCACACUUCAAAAUGUGUUCAAAAUAAUCUCCGUCCUUGCACGGAGCCCACAUCCAGGUGCUCAGCGUGGGCCCUUUUCUGCGAGCCCUGCAGGUGGACAGGGAGCAAGGCUCCCGCGGAGGCCAGCUGCCUUCACGGUCCUCGCUCAUCCGGACCCCUAGGCCAUUCCUCGGGAAUACGGGUAGGGAAGGAGGCGCGUGAGUGCGAAGACCGCCGUGGCGGGUAAGAGCCUCUGAGCUCCGCGCUUUGUCUGUGCUUCCGAAUUUUGACCGUUUGUGUGCCCCAGUUCCCCCCAUCAGGCUUCGCUGGCCGCUCCUAGAACCACCAGAUGGGGGCCAGCGACCACCCCAAACACCACCAUCCCGCUUCCGGGGGGGCGCUCUGAAGCAAGAUCUGCGGAAGGAGCUGAUCCUACAUUUGAGAACUACAAUUCCCAGAGACCUCAGAGACUCGCAGUCGUCACAGCGCCCAGACUUCAUUUCCCAGAAGUCUUAGGGCCAGUUUCCACCCUCACUGAAAACCCUAUGUGACGUCAUCGACUUCCUGCUGAAGAUUCUAAAGGCUGUCAGGGUGGGCGGUGCCAGAGGGCCUAGUUUGGGGGUGGUAGCCUAGCCUGAAUCUCUGUCACUUCAUUUUCGAAGAAAUUGAUGAUCUGAGUGAAGCUUCCACCCUUUUCCGUUAGAUUUUAUUCAUUUAACAUGUGUUUUCCGCGCCUACUGUUAAUCUGCUUUUCUGAUUCGUGGGCUGUGAGAUUGGAAAUGAGUCAUUUUCUUCCCUAAAUAUUAAUUUUGCUCCACAAAGGGGCCACUAUCCUUCCUCAACAUUCUCCCUGCCGCCCAGCCCCUCACCGUGACACACACACACACACACACACACACACACACACACACACACACACACACACACACACACACACACACACACACCUGAAAAGCAUAAUGGGAUGAAAAGCAAAAAAUAAACACUGGUCCCAUUACUCAGAUAAUCCAUGGACAUAGUAAAUGUUCUUUCAGCCUUUUUUUUUUCCUCAUAUCUAUCUACAUAUGCUAGAUAUGGAGACGGAUAAUGCGUAUACAUGUUUAUACAUAACAAAAAAGUUAUAGUUUAUAUAUAACAAAAUAUUUACUAUAUACAUUCACCUUGAACUUUCCCCAUGUUACUAUUUUUCAAUAUAAUUUUAAUGGUACUAUCAAAGAACUAAUCCUGUCCCUGUGUAAGCGUUUCUUUUCAGGCUUCCUAAACACCAGUGUUUUUAUUUAGAACCCCUAGCAAACGCUUCAGUCUGUUGUCAAAACAACUUGAUAAAAUUAUUGUUAAUUUUAUUAGUUGUGAUAAUGACAUUAUGGUUAUGUUUAAAAGGAAGAAAAAAUCCUUAUUGAUUAUAAGAUACAUACUGAUGAAACAAAUGAUGUCUGGGUCUAACUUUAAAAUAUUCCAGGAAUAAAUAAAAGUGGGGAGUCAGGGAGGGAUUGCUAAACAAGAUUGGCAAAUAUUGUUUAAUCUGGGUGAAGAAUACACUGGAGUUCAC